AUGACCGACCCCCGUAUCACAACAACUCGGCCGAGGACCAGCAGCACGGUGACAAAGUCGAAUAAAGUCGGCAUAGAAAUACCCCCUCAAACUCCAGUCCUCGAAGUCAUAACAGAAGGGUUCAAAGAUAAAGAUAAGCCGUUAAAACCUGGAGAUGACGGGGAUAGCAAAGUCGAGGAGAAAGAUCGCGCCAAACCCAAGCCGGCGCUGAAACGCCAGAAGACAGCAGCUCGAACCUGGUGGGUGCGGUUCACGUGGUUCUCGACGUGGUGGAUCCCAACCUGGUGCAUCGUCAAAGUGGGCAGGAUGAAAUCAAAGGACGUGCAGAUGGCAUGGAGAGAGAAAGUGGCUCUCUGUGUCAUUAUUCUGUUCAUGUGCGGCCUCAUGAUCUUCUUCGUAGAAUUCUUCAGUAAACUGAUGUGCCCCAAUGCAAAAAUCUUUGCGCCAUCCGAGGUAGCUCAGCAUAAUGUGCUGUUGCAGUCAAAUCUCUUUGUGUCGUGGAACGGCCACGUCUACGAUAUGAAUAACUACGUGGCCAAGCACGUCGAUCCGAAAUACACCGUUUUGGCGGUGGCUGGCAAAGAUGUCUCUCCUUGGUUCCCAAGGAUCGAUCCUACGACUGGGGCUAUCGAUGCCGCAUGUCCGAACGUCACGCCGUUUUAUCCUGGCAGCACCGGCAACUCGACGUGUACGGCACCAGGCUAUACAAACGCCUACUGCCACAAAACAAACGCGAUCGAACGGAGCAUCAAUGUGUACCACGAUUCCGACGGUAUUUACAAAGUGGGGGAUCUGGCAUAUUCGGCCGACACCGUUUACGAACAUGGCAAAUCCAACGACGCUUGGAUCAUCGUGAACGGGCGGUUUUACGACGUGACCGAAAUCAUCAAAACCACUUCAUGGAUGAUUUCCGCGUUCGAUGCAGAGUUUGUGCAGUACCUUGAUUAUUACAAGGGUCGAGAUGCGUCGCAAGUGUACACCCAAUUUCAAAAACUAGGCAUGAUGAAGUGCUUGGAGAAUCAGUUCUUUGUCGGGGUAGUCGACGACCGCUUGUCCAUCGCCGCUUGUUACGCAUCGCAGUAUAUCCUACUGGGGUGCACAGGCAUCAUGGUGUUCAUCUUGGUGAUAAAGUUCUUGGCUGCCCUUCAAUUGGGCUCCAAGCGACAGCCGGAACAUUAUGAUCGCUUUGUCAUCUUGCAAGUUCCGUGUUAUACGGAGGGAGAGGAUUCCUUACGCAAGACGAUAGAUUCGCUCGCUUUGUUGGAGUACGACGACACCCGAAAGCUGCUGUUGAUUGUUGCUGAUGGGAACGUGAAAGGUGCGGGAAACGACCUCCCCACGCCCGAAAUCGCGCUCAAGCUUCUUGGUGUCGAUCUGAAUGCGGAGAAGCCACCACCCAAAGAUUACCUCGCUAUCGGUGAAGGCGGCAAGGCUCACAACCGCGCCCAGGUGUAUUCUGGUCUUUAUCGCAUUCAAGCGAGAGCGGUCCCAUAUAUCGUGGUCGUGAAAUGCGGAAAGGAGAGCGAAACGAACAAAGCCGGGAACCGAGGGAAGCGGGACUCGCAAAUGAUUCUUAUGAAAUUCUUGAACAAAGUACACUACCAGACCCUCAUGACACCUUUGGAUUUGGAGAUGUACCAUCAUAUCAAGAACAUCAUCGGUGUUCAUCCUUACCUCUACGAAUACGUGCUGAUGGUGGACGCAGACACGGAAGUUGUGCCGGACUCCCUCAAUCGGCUGAUCUCGUGCGCGGUGCACGACGGCAAAAUCAUGGGCAUCUGCGGCGAAACAAAGAUAGCCAAUGAGAAGCAGUCUUGGGUUACGAUGAUGCAAGUUUACGAGUACUACAUUUCCCACCACAUGGCGAAAGCAUUCGAGUCACUCUUCGGGACCGUGACCUGUCUGCCAGGAUGUUUCUCGAUGUACCGUAUUCGCACGCCGACGAAGAAAAUACCGUUGCUGGCCAGCAGUGACAUUAUCGCGGAGUAUGAGGAAAAUAUUGUUGACACUCUCCAUAAGAAGAACUUGUUGUCGUUGGGAGAAGAUCGGUUCUUGACAACCCUGAUGUUGAAAUACUUCCCCGAGUAUCGGACGAAAUUCACAGCUGACGCAAGGUGCUACACCAUCGUUCCCGACUCUAUCGCCAUCCUGCUCUCCCAGCGUCGUCGUUGGAUCAACUCCACCAUUCACAACCUCUUCGAACUGCUGUUCUUACCCCAUCUCUGCGGUUGCAUCAUUUUUUCGAUGCGAUUCGUGGUGUUUCUGGAUCUCUUUGCCACUUUGAUCAUGCCGGCUACGACGGGAUACCUUGCGUAUCUGAUCUAUUCCGCGGUCCAAGCCAAGUCGGCGCCGGUUAUUUCGUUGAUCAUGUUGGGUGCUGCUUAUGGACUUCAGGCGAUUAUCUUCAUCAUCAAGCGCGAGUAUCAACAUAUUGGGUGGAUGAUUAUCAAUAUUUUGGCGAUGCCCGUUUUCUCCUUUUGGUUGCCUAUUUAUUCUUUCUGGCAUUUUGACGAUUUCUCAUGGGGAAGCACGAGACGUAUUGCCGGAGCGCAGGGGAAAGACACACAUGGAGGAGAUGACGAGCUCUUUGACCCCAGCGUGAUUCCACUUGUGAAGUGGGACGACUACGAAGCUAUGAUGAUCGAGCGGGAACAGGAAGAGGAAAGCGACUACGGUUACGAUCAGGACGGCACUGAUGGAAGCCAUCCCUCUGAAUACGGUGCGGAGUUGAAUGCAAGCUUCUCGAUCGGCGGGGCGCCAAGGAGUCGGCAAGGGUCUGCCCUCAGUCACAGUAACAACAACAGCAGACCCACCAGUCGACCGGGUUCCGCCCGUUCGGACUACAGUAGUUACUCACACGGCGCGCAAGAUCCUCGACGACGGUCGAUGGCCUCCUAUUCCGGUUCUGCGGCGGGGAUGCAACAAUACGGUCCAUACGGGGGCGGGUUGCAUCCAGGAUCGUACACCGCAGGGGCUCAGUCGACCUACCGCGGCUCACAGCCGAACAUCCAUGGGCAUGGGGGAGGCCAUCCCGGGUAUGCCCCAUCCAUAGCCGAGUCCGAACGAUCUUUGAGCGGAAUCCACCUCAACUCCUCCCAACCACGGCGGCCAUCAGAGCGCUUUGGCUCUCAGCAGUCUCUUAACCAGCUGGGUGCCUUGCCUGAGCAUACGAAUCUCCAGGAGCAUCUCGACCCGACCUCUCCCGCCGCAGCAGACAAGUGGACGGGGGGCGCGCCCACAGACGAGGACCUGGCGCAAAGGAUUCGUUACGUCAUAUCACGCUCCGAUUUGAGAGACCUGACGAAGCGGAAAGUUAGGGAGAGUUUGAGUACCUUCUUCGGGCGCGAUUUGGAGGAUCGUAAAGGGUUUAUAGGUGCAAAAGUCGAAGCUAUUCUGUUGGGGAAAGAGUGA